GUAGGGUUUUUGGAGUGUUAUAUUUAGAUGUUUUAGAGAUAUCUAGCUUAUUAUAAGUGGAAAAUAUAAUCAUCAAGGAUAAUCAAUUCUGAUGCUCUUGAAUUAUUUUGAUUAUCGACAUUUUAGAAAUAAGAUAUAAGAACUAACAUUAUUUUGAAGCAUCUCAAUGAGUUUAGAUUGUACUGACAUAAAUACUGACAUGAAUAGUGACUGCAGCUCAGUGCCCGGUAGGGACAGAUACUUCAAUGAAGAUCAGAAGUGUGUCUUUUAGUUAUCUUACUUUUGGAAGUGUGGAGAUUACUAAUGGGAUCUCUUGCCCAGACUAUUCCUGUGUUUUUAUGACAGCAAACGGUAAAUUUUUAUUUACAGAUAAAGCCAGAAUCUUUAAAUUUGAUUCAAACUUUAAUCUGCUCUGGAUGAGAAAUUUUGACAAUGAAUAUAUUGCUAAGAAUGCAAUUGCUCUUCAUCAGUCUGGAACUAGCUUAGUGACUGUGAUGAAAUCUUCAUUCGACUGACCAUUGAUCAAGCUUGACAGUACAACAAAUUCGAUUAUCGAACAAAUUGAAAUAAGCACUGCAAUUAAUUGUGACUCCUUGACUCUUUCUGACGAUAGCUCUGAUAUCUAUGUUUCAGGAAAACUUUCAUCAACUCUUCGAUUAUUCAAAAUAGGAUACUCAGAUUUUGGUUCUACAUCCAUUAUUUCAAUCCCAGUCAGUCUAAACUCAGUGUUCUCCAUCAGGUCUUAUGUUAUUUCAAGUCAAGAACUCAUGAUGAUCAGUGGCUCAGUUACAAGUCCUACUCAAUCAUAUAGCUUGCUCUCAAUCAAUUAUAACACAAGAACUCAGCAAUGGGCUAAGAGACUUGGAUGCCCAACUUCAUGAGCAUUAAGUGGUACUAGUGAUUCAUUAAUUCUUGAAGAAGAUAACAAAGUCAUGAGUUACUUCCUGGAUACUCAGCCUAUUAUAUUUGUUAGCAAUCUUGAUGAUGGAGCUCUUGUAGGGUCUUAUGUGCCAGAUUUUAUUCAGACUAGUUUACAAAUUAGCAGUAUAGCUUACUCUGCCUCGUUCAAGAGUAUAUUUAUUUUGAUGCAAUACAGCAAUGGAGCAUUCAAAAUUGAAUAUGAUCCUUUAAAUGACUCAUUCUCCAAUGCAUAUGUGAGCACUACCAUCAUUCCGGGAUGGAUACUUGAGGCAGGAGGACACACUCUAAUUGGAUCUGGAGUUCCCUCUUCAUCCUCAGUUCUUGCAAUAUCGAGAUUAGCUGCAAACGGAAUUUAUGGUCAUAAUACUGAAGUAUCUUUUACAAUAACAAGUGGUUCAUUUACUUCAUCAUCUGGAUAUUCAUACUUGGGUUCAGGAGUAGACCACAUUCCUUCAGGUCCUUCUUCUUUGACCAAAAGAUCUUCAAGCGUUUCUUCCUUAGUGUUACUUCCACCUACUCCUACAAGUGAUUUGAAUGGAGAAAAUGAAGUUAUCUUUGAAGGAGAAGAGUAUAUCUUGAAUACAACUGUUGAAAUUACUGGAAACAUUCCGAACUUUUUCCCUUGCUCUAUAAGUGGGGCAACUUCGAUCAGUUCAAUAAUUGAUACUCAUUCAAAUGGUGAACUGAAGCCUGAUUGGGUGACUGUUGGAGCUGACUCUUUGUCCUUUGAUUACACAGUUCCAUCAUCUGCAGAUGGGUAGACAUUUUAUUUUACAGGAAAGAGCACUAUUGAUGGGAAAAUAUACCUCAGAAAUGUUCAGAUAAAUGUGGCUUCAGUCCCAGUUAUUCCUGAUCCAGUUCCUCCUACUCCAGACCCUUCAAUUCCAGACUCGCCAAGUAUUCCAUCAGCAAGCAAUCCUUCAGGUUCUAACCCAAUCUGCCAAGCUCAGAAUUGAAAAGAUUGUAACACAUCUGGAUGCAUUGCUUGUGUUGAUGGAUAUACUUUGACGAGUUCAAAAACUUGCAUAAAAAUAGAAGGA